UUCACUCUGGUCACCAGUAAACACCCUUCUACACAAAUAAGUGUCCGUGCGUGAGCUGCAUGAUUUUGCAUUUUUCCCUACAGAUAAAAGAAGAAUAUCCUGUGCUGGAUUUAGACGGAAGAUAGAUCCUAAUCGGUGCAUUUCAAAAUGGUGGUUGAGAACGUGCUCCCGGCUAACUUUGGCUAUGCAAUUUUUGUGUAUAUGUAUAGUUUUGUCAUGUUGACGUAUCUCGGGUUUAAAGUUGGUGGUGCGAGGAAGAAAUUUGGCGUAAAGUAUCCCACCAUGUACAGCGAUAAGGAGCAAAUAUUCAACUGUAUCCAAAGAGCCCAUCAGAACACGCUCGAGGUGUAUCCACAGUGGCUUGUGUUCCAGACCAUCGCUGCAUUGGAGUAUCCUGUUGUUGCCUCUGUGUUAGGGGUCAUCUGGGUGACAAGCAGGUUUUCUUAUGCCUGGGGUUACUAUACAGGCGACCCCGCUAAGAGAAUGCGUGGUGCAUAUGGAUACAUCGGGGUGUUUGGAGUCAUAAUUCUCUCCAUCUCUGUGGCUCUCAAGCUGCUUGGAGUCUUGUAAAGGCACUCAUCACUUAGAAAUACCACAUAUAACCAAAACUUGACAUAUAUAGUGUAGAUUUCAAUAUCAUUAAACAUUUCCAUCUUUUUCUAUCUUUAAACAUUUCCAUAUUUUUCAAAUUGCAUUGUUUUCUGACUUGUAAUUUGACAUAUUGUUGAAUAUGUAAACAACUUUUUUUUAACUGUUUGUUGUUUGGAGACUUUCAUAUACACAUGCUGUUGUCUUUUCUUGCUUUGCCAUGCCAUUUUUGCAAUGAAUUUAGAUAUAUAAUAAAA